AUGUCUAGCUAUGCCUGUUUUUGUUCUCUCUUCCUUCUUGCCUUCCUUGCAAGCUUAAGAUCUUCUGCACAGCAACAAAACCCUACUUACAUCUACCAUAUUUGUCCCAAUACGACAACUUACCCCAAAAACAGCACAUACUCCUCCAAUCUUGGAACCCUUUUGUCCUCUCUUUCUUCUAACCGUCCCUCCUUUUCAAAUGGAUUCUACAGCACCGCCGCAGGUCGGAGCCCUGACGUGGUAUUCGGACUCUUCCUAUGCCGGGGAGAUACCUCGGCGGAAGACUGUCAUGACUGCGUCGUCUUUGCGGUCAACGACACUCUGUUUCGAUGUCCAGAAGAAAAAGGAGCCCUGGUAUGGUAUGACCAGUGCAUGCUUCGAUACGCUGACCAGAAUUUUUUCCUGGACCCUUCACUCCAAAAUAGGACAAACGGAAUAAUCUUGUAUAACAACAUUCUCAAUGUUACGUUUAGCAACCCAUCCCAGUUCUCAGAUUCGGUUAUGUCCAUACUAAUCGAUACGGCCAUAGUGGCGGCGAGUAGUUCUAAGAAGUUCGAUGCGAGAAAGGUCAAUAUAUCUUCAUCUCAGAGUUUGUACGGCAUGGUUCAGUGCAUUCCUGAUCUGACGAGAGAUGACUGUUUGCGUUGUCUGCAGCAGACCAUUAAUGAGUUGACCAUCAGUGAAUCACCCACUAACAAAACUGGGGGACGACUUCUUGGGGCAAGUUGUAGUUCAAGAUACGAGCUUUACCCGUUCUUCAACGAAACCGCCACUAUAUCAAUCCCUUCACCACGACUUGGAGAAGGGGGAAGGUCCACUGUCGUAAUCAUCAUCGCUGUUGUUGUUCCAGUCGCAGCGGUUUUUCUUCUCUUUGUAGCUGUGUUUCUUGUCCGGGCUAAGAAAACAAGGACGGUUUAUGAGACGGAACCACUUGCUCAAGGUACAAGACUCUUUUCAAAUGAUUUGAAUAUUCAACUGUGUUCUUAUCUUAAUUCAGCUGUUGAAAUUGUUUCUAUAGGCAAUGAUGAUAUUACCGCUUCAGGAUCACUUCAGUUUGAGUUUAAGGCGAUUGAGGCAGCAACAGAUAAGUUUUCACUGAGUAAUAAGCUUGGUCAAGGUGGAUUCGGCCAAGUCUACAAGGGUACAUUUCCUAGUGGAAUACAAGUUGCAGUGAAGAGGCUAUCAAAGACAUCAGGACAAGACUCUACGAUGCAGGGCCAGCUGGACUGGAAGAAAAGGUACAAGAUCAUUGGAGGAAUUGCAAGAGGAAUUCUUUAUCUUCAUCAAGAUUCACGACUUACAAUUAUACAUCGUGACCUCAAAGCCGGUAAUAUUCUUUUGGAUGCUGGUAUGAACCCGAAAGUUGCCGAUUUUGGAAUGGCCAGAAUUUUUGAAAUGGACCAAACAGAAGCGAAUACUAAAAGAGUAGUGGGAACAUAUGGUUACAUGUCUCCUGAGUAUGCCAUGUAUGGUCAGUUCUCCAUGAAAUCGGAUGUGUAUAGUUUUGGGGUUUUAGUUCUAGAGAUUAUAAGCGGCAAGAAGAACAGUAGUCUCUACCAAAUGGACGGUAGUGUCGGCAACUUGGUUACAUAUACUUGGAGGCUAUGGAGCAAUGGAUCACCAUUAGAGCUCAUGGAUCCGUCCUUUCGAGAUAACUAUCUAACAAACGAAAUUAUCAGGUGCAUUCAUAUUGCUUUACUAUGUGUUCAAGAAGAUGUUGAAGAUCGACCAACAAUGUCAGCAAUCGUCCAGAUGCUCACUACUAGUUCAAUCGCUCUAGCCGCACCUAGACCACCUGGAUUUUUCUUCCGAAGCAGGCAUGAACAAGCAGGGAGAGCAGGUCCAUGUACGGAUGCGUCUGCUCUCUGUUCAAUCGACGAUGCUUCUAUUACUAGUCUAGCUCCUCGUUGA